AUGGUAUUUGGUAAAGCAUGUCACUUACCAGUUGAGUUAGAGCACCGAGCCUAUUGGGAAAUCAAGAAUCUUAAUCUUGACCCAGAGUUAGUAGGGAGAAAGCAGUUGAACCAAUUGCAUGAGUUGGAGGAGUUUAGGCUCCAGGCCUAUGAAAAUGUGCGAACACACUUAUGCGAAUUCGGGAAACUUUUUCCAGGAAAGUUAAGAUUCAAGUGGAGUAGCCCCUUUGAAGUGGUAUGUAUGAUACCUCAUGGAGCUGUGGAACUGUGGAAUUCCUCAAAAAUGUCCACGUUUCUAGUUAAUGGGCAAAGAGUCAAGCAUUACUUUGGUAGUGAUGUGUACUGUGAAAAGGAAACUGUAGAACUUGAGGAUGAAUGA